AUGGUCGUCGUUAUGCUUGCAAGUACUUAUUGUUAUUUGUCUCCUCAACUUGCUCUUUGGCCUGAAUGCGGAUGGCAACCUGUGUUUUUGACGGAUUUGAUAACGGCUGCGGCAGUUAAAAAGGCCUACAGAAAGGCGACGCUUUGCAUCCAUCCUGAUAAAGUCCAACAAAAAGGUGCCAAUCUUCUGCAGAAAUAUAUUUCAGAAAAGGUGUUUGACUUGCUCAAGGAAGCGUGGAACAAGUUCAAUUCCGAGAGGAGCUGUUCUGAGCUUCGAUUUGUUGUUGUUACGUUUCUAAAAGUUCAUCAUUCGGCUAUGCUUUGGAUUCAAAUGCAAGGCUGUUCAAGCAGCUAUAGAUCUCUAUAUCUGUAGCUGUUGUCGGCUUCAGUUUG